AUGGAGAAAGAAUUUCAAAAUGAUCGUAUACAUUUCUGUCUUCGACAACGUGCAUACUAUGCACCACCACAAUUGAAAAAUGACAUCGAGUCUCGUAUCAACACUUUAUUAUCACACGUAACAACGUGCACAUUCAAAACAACUGAAUUAUAUUACGAUAUUGCCAAUCGAGCAAGCUUAAAUUUAAAAAAAAUUGCUCAAAACAAUCGUUGCAAUUGUGAUAUUAAAAUUGAGACAACACUAAACAGAUGUACAAUACCAAGAGCAAUUGAAACAACAUCGACUGCUUACUCUGUUUCAAAACUAAUAAUUGAACAAUCCAAUUUAUUCUGUUCAUCAUCUAUGGUCCAUCGACAAGCAACAUUGGCUAAUGGAUCACUUGAAGUUCUUAUUGGCGAUAUCGCUGCACAAAAGGUCGACACAAUUGUUAUUCCAUCCGUAUCACACGGCUUAAAAGAAAGUCUUAUUGAACGAGCUGGUGAAAUAGUGCAACAACCAUGGGAAAAAAGUGGCAAGAAUUCAAUUCCAUUCAUCACUGAAACAACAGCUGCUGACCAACAAACGAUACAUCAAGAAUUUUUAACUAUAAUUUCAGCUAUGAACACAAUUGAUAAUAGUUAUGGUACUCUUUUCUAUCCAACAUCAAGUAAUAUUGCUCUACGGCAACAAACAUCCAGUGAGACAAAUACAUCGGCACAAGACGAAGUAUCUAUGCAUAGUCGAAAAAUUACAAAAUUACACACGCCAUUAACUGUCGAACAACGCAAAUUAAUUCAUCAAACAAACAUAGAACAUUUGAUCAGUUUUGACAAAGCGGAGCUUGCUGAAGAUGAAAAAAAAAUUGCUAUAGAAGUAGUGGACGAUAUUAUACGUGAAUUAGAAGCUCGCUACGUCAGAUGUGUGGCAAAUAAUCAAUAUGAACAAUAUUCACCAAGUACAUAUAAUCAAGAAUUAGAAAGACGAAAAAACCAAAUGGAGCAACAAAUUUACUUAGAUACUGGGAUAUUAUCGUAUAGACAUUGGUUAAAACAAGCUUCAAAUCUAAAAACGAAGCAAAAUAUUGCGCCAUUUACAGUUUCAGGCGAUAUUAAUGAUGCACCAUUUCCGAUGUUGGACGAAGUUUUUGAAAAUCCACAACUAUGUCUUCGUCCUUAUACAAAACAAUUUUCACCAUGGACUAGUUUAUUCAAAAGUAACAUAUGGCCUAUUGCGUGUUCUGGAUAUUCGUCCCAAUGGUAUUACUAUUAUUAUGGAGCAUCGAGUCUUGGUUCCUCGCACUAUUUCGAUGCCAUGGGGUAUCGAAUUAUUCGCUAUAGGUCUUGGGGAAUGUCGACUGAAAAACAAAUAAGACAACGGCAGAAUAUGAUUGAUUCAAGCAACAUGAUUAAACGACGAAAAGAAAUUGCACAAUAUUUUAUUGAAAACUAUAAAUACAUCACAGAAGAGAAUUUGAAAUCAUAUUUACAAUUUGCUCAACGUAUGAAAGACAACGCGAAUGAAUUAACAAGACUAUGCGAGAUGGAUAUAAAUUCGACACGAAAACAAUCAAAGCAACAAACUCAAGCAUCUUUAACAGCUAUAUUUUCUUUAUAUACUGAACCUCAAGGGCAAGAAGCAUCAACAAUAACUUCAAAAAUUGAAAUUCCAUCAAAGCUCUCACGUAAAUCUACUUAUUAUUCGAAUACACAUUCCAUAUUGUAUAACAGAUCGUCUGUUUUCCAAAUUAUUCUUUGA